CAGAAAAAGUCCUUUUUUGCCGUCCGCAGUCAUUUUCUCUUGACGAUUUGCCUAAUAUCUUGCUGCUUGGUAUGGCCCACAACUGGUGAGGACUCACCCAUCAGUCGGCUUUUCUUGCACACCUACUCCGUUAUCCUCUUCCCAUACUCCCCGGCUUGAUCCGGUCAUUGUCUUAUCGUCAUCGCCUGGGGGCGGGAUUGGAACGGAUUUGAGGGAGACCGUCGUGCUAGCGUCCGCUCUUGAUUCGUCUCCGCACCGUCUUGAAACCCAAAAAAAAGAUGAAUUUCGAAGGUUUUAGCAGCAGCACCCAGUUUGCUGAGGACGAGAGCGAGGAUAAUCCCGUCCUUGUGUGCUUCGAGAGAGCGAGGCAACGAGAAAUCUUGGCUUACCUCGCUGCCGCAUCGUAUCCGAAAAAGGUCCCAGCAGGACAUCCUGGUGUUGGCAACGCGAAACUUAAUCCGGAUGCCAGCUUAAAUCAACUCGUCCAGCUCGGUGCUCUUCGUUUGGGUUGCGAUAGAGCCAUUGUAUCCUUCAUUGACUUUCAAAAUGAGUACGUCGUGGCAGAGGCCACUAGGUUGCAUACGCCAGCGCAGCGUAAGGCCGAGUCCCACCCGGAGCUGCUCGUCGGUGUUGCACGACUACCUCACGAAUUAAACCAGGGCAUGUGUCCGGAGACAGUGAGAGCCUUUAAAGACGAAACUGGUCAAUUUGAGAGCAACGGCCCAAUUUGCUACGCAAACCGCCAACGCUUCUACAUCACUGACAUGCGGAAGGAUCCAGCAUCGUGUAAUAAGCCUUGUGUAGCUGAAUUUCGGCCUGGUCUGGUGUCGUUCAUCGCUGUGCCAAUCAUAUCACCGCUGGGCUGGAUCCUCGGCAGCUACAUGGUCGGGGACUCAAAGGUGAACAACUUUGACGAGGGUUCAGUCGAAAUUCUCCAGGAGGUCAGCAGCGCGAUAAUGGAGCAUUUGGAUCUUGUAAAAGCUAAGCACGAUCGCCUACGAUCUGAGAAGUUGAUGAAAGGGCUCGCCGAGUUCAUGGAAAGAGAGUCGCCCGUGCCUCACGAGCGCACCUUGUCUAUGAGUACACGCACUUCGGAGAAGUCUUAUUCGGAAGCUCAUUUUUCAGAGGCUCCUGAUGACGUCCCAGGUGAUGACGGACCCUCUGAAGAGAAUGAAAUUGUUUCUCCUGACGACAGCUCUAAAAGCCAUCGUCCUACGCCACACCACACACAAUCCUCAUCGACAGUGCAGACCUCGCAUUCCGAAGUCUUUUCUCCCCCCCUGGAUAUGCAGACCACACCACCAUCCACUCCACCAGAAGGUCGUGACCAAGAUCCGUUCGAGGUAAAUCCGCUGCAACACGUCGAAACUCAUGAUGAGUACGACGAGAUAUCAGCGCCCCCAAAUCCGGAAUCCACAAUCUCAGAAGAAGUGAAGAAGACAUUCAAACGAGCUGCGGCAACGAUUACAGAAGCCUUGAACACUGAUGGAAUGAUGUUCAUCGACGCCGUCCCGAGCGGGUUCGGUACGCGCUCAAACAUCAAUACUCCAUACGAAAGACCUGAUGACCCGUUCACUAGCGACGCAGGGGAGUCAACGGGCAAUGAGACGGAGGAUGUUGUACUACCCACGUAUCUCGCAAAAUACGUGCAAGCACAUUUAAAGCCUCCAGCCAACCGUCCACCGGAUGGACAUGGCCCAAUACCGGAACCGAUGCUCCAGAGAUGGAUCAAACGAUAUCCACGAGGCCACAUCUUCACGGCUGACGAGUAUGGACCAAUCGAUUGCCGAUUUGGCCCUGGCAACAGCAUCCAGAAAUCCCGCAAGGCGAGAAGGCGUAGCUCGCGGGUCCUUACGGAUGUAGCCUCGCUCUUCGAGCAAUUCCCUCACGUUCGCUACAUCAUCUUCCUGCCUCUAUGGCAUUUUCAGCGCGAAUGUUGGUUUGCGGCAGCCUUCGGUUGGGUUAGCUUCGACUCGCAGCAGGCAUUGGACUACUCGGAUCUCAACCUCUUGACAGCAUUUUGUAAUAGUGUCAUGGCAGAGGUGUCACGCAUUGAAGCCCUCUCAGUUAGUCGAGCGAAGUCGGACUUUAUCUCAUCCAUUUCGCAUGAACUACGCAGCCCGCUCCACGGAAUCCUCGCAAGCGGGGAGCUGUUGCGGGAGGCAUUAGACGACCCGGAUCUACUGUCGAUGAUCGAUAUGAUAGACUCAUGCGGGACCACUUUGCUAGACACAUUUAACAAUCUGCUCGAUUAUGCAAAGAUCAACAACGUUUCAAAAGCGGACGGAAGCGAAGAAGAAAAGGACGGUCUUGGGAAACGAGUACGAAAGUCGGAUGCGAAAAGCACAGAUCUAAGCCUCCUUGUGCAAGAUGUGGUGGAAGCAGUUAACCUGGGCCACAUGUCCAAGACUGCUUUCCAAAAUAGCCAACAGGCACAUGCAGUCUUCACCACAUUAGCAGAGCUAGCGGAGGCAGAAGGCGAUUUUCCGGAUCACUCCGUCAUUGUCACUGUUAAUAUCGAGAAACGACCGAGUUGGGUGACAAAGCUGGACCCUGGAGCGUGGAAGCGCAUUGUCAUGAACAUCGUGGGCAACGCGCUCAAGUACACAAGAGCAGGGCAUGUAGAGGUCGGUCUGAAGCUAUGCGAUCUACCCGACGAUAAAAAGCGAGGCGCCACAAAACGAACUAUCUGCUUCUCCGUCCGAGACACGGGAAUCGGCAUGAGUUCUGACUACCUAAAGUAUCAGCUUUUUACCCCUUUUGCACAAGAAAACAACUUGUCACCCGGCACAGGGUUGGGCCUGAGCAUUGUCAACCAAAUUGUCAAAGGCCUGGGAGGAAAGCUGGAUGUCCAAAGCCAAAUUGGCGUUGGCACGCAUGUCAAGGUUUUCGUUCCGCUUAAUCCGGACACAGCAGGGCCACUAGGCCAGCAAAUGCCACCUAUUGAUGAGAUUUCUCAACUGGACUCGGAAGGCAAGCUUCAAGGAAGGACGCUACAUGUGAUCAGUCCAGAGGCUUACAAAACAAUGGUUAACCCGCAGCUCGAAAUCUCUCAAGAAAUACGCGACCGCUUCCGUGCCAUUCGCUCUUCUCUCCGAAACACGGCGGAAGAGCUUCUAGGCAUGAAGGUCCUGUACGACAUGCCUAACGAGCAAAAUCCAGCGGACAUAUACUUCUUUGACGCCUAUCUUAUUGGCAAAGCGGUGCAUGGGAAGCUAGGCUGUUCAAUGCACAAGGCGAUUGUGCAAUUCUCUCCUUUGAUUGUCCUAUGUAGUGGAGCAGGUCCAUUGAAUCAACUCAAGAAUGAAAAGUUAAAGGGGAUGAUGCUACAUCUGCGCCACCCUCUGGGACCAAAAAAAUUAGCCUCAACUUUCCUCGGUGCAUUGGAGGUUGGGAAAGUUAGUAUUCAUCAUGUCGCUGACGAAUGCGGAGAUGUAAAUCCAAAACAAACUACUGAAGCAAUAUCGGGAUCCGGUUUAGAAGAGGCUCGUAUCACUGCUGAGGAACUAAAUCGAGCCGCACACUCUCUGUCCUCGGAAAAUUUACUUCAGAACAAUAAAGCACCUCCACCUCGCUCACCUCGGCCAGAGCCAACACCAAUACAAGACCAUCGACCUGUGACACCACAUCAUAUCAACUCGAUAUCUUCACCAGCCGUUCUCACUGGUAAUAAAGCUAAACAGACUCAACAUCUUCUUCUUGUUGACGACAAUCCAAUCAAUCUCAAGAUCCUCACCACACUUGUUAAGAAGCUCAAGCACACAUAUGAAACCGCAUCGAAUGGUCUUGAAGCGGUGCAGCUUUAUAAGGCAUCGUUGAUCCAAAAUCACCCAUUCGACUUCAUUUUUAUGGAUAUCUCUAUGCCCGUGAUGAACGGUUUCGAAGCCACCAGAGAGAUUCGGAAAUUCGAAAAAGAUGAAAAGAUCGGUAGUGCGACGAGAAUCGCAGCUUUGACAGGACUGGGCAGCGAAAUGAGCAAGCAGGAAGCUUUCGCUAGUGGUACAAACUUGUUUUUGACGAAACCAGUCAAGCUGGGUGAAAUUAAGAAGCUGCUCGACCAUGAGCAGGCCAAGGGAGCUGACGUCACGACCGGUUAAAUGAGUCUUUCGCUUUGCGGUGAAAUUUGUACAUGCUAAACGACAAAGUUUUUAAAGAUACCAGGAACAGGGGUUUUGCCUUCUAUCUCGAUAUAUUUACGAGCGAGGAUUUGUUUCAUAGCUAGGGAUAUGGGCAAGAGGCGUUCUGCUUGUCUCAAGACCACUGCCGGGAUUGUGUCGCUUAACCUUAGGACAGCUCUAUUGCUUGUUCUUGCCAAUGCGGACCAAGCUUGUCAGCGAUGUAUCUAGUUUACGAUUGAACACUCUUUCACGUCUAAAGCGGUGAUGUUGACUAAAGUGCGCAACACCCAUAUCUUGUUCUGGACCGUGUACAUGGAACCUCUCUAGUCGAUUGUUUGAUCUUUGUUACACCGCUUCUGUCUCUCCUAGAAUACUUGCUCUUCCAGCACUAGUGCUAACUACAAAAACCUGCCUGUGACCUAAAAGAGCUUGCCUUUUUGGUCUGGCUACCGGUAUAUUCUUAGUA